CAAAGUAAUUUGGGGUGUCGUGAUUCCAAUCCUGGCACGCGAUUCAUGGUUCACACCGCCUAGUUUUCCCUACAAAAUAAAAUACCGAGGAACGCUUUGUACUAGCGCAUUUGGCUAACGCUUGGCUGUACGUGUGCACGUGUCUGUGACUCAAAAAAAAAAAAAAUAUACAUUCGUAAUUCGAAUUUGAAGACUUGCGUUUUAGGUUUCUUGAUUUUUUUUUAAAUAAAGAAUAAUUUUGUUACAUAUUUGAUUUUGUUAAAAUUGUAUUAGACUGUGGCUUUUUUAAAUUUAAAUAAAAUUAUUUAAUCAAAAUGGAGGGGUGCGGUAUGAGUUGCAUUAAAUAUUUACUCGUCGUUUUCAACGCUCUGUUUUUGAUCUUCGGCGUGGUAAUCAUAGCGGCAGCAUGUGUGGACAUGGGAUUAAUCAAGGGCUUCGCUGGUAUGGAGACCACGGGCCACGAAACGGACGCGGUCCUCAUUGCUGUAGGAGUUCUCAUCAUAUUAGUCGCUGCUUUUGGGUGUUUCGGAGCUUGGAAGGAAAGCACCAAGCUACUUUAUAUUUUUGCUGGAUGCCUGAUCAUCAUCAUACUCCUCGAACUGUCGGUUGGCAUCGCUGCGGCUGCUCUCCGUCCACAAAUCGAAGGCACCAUGAAGACUCAACUGCGAGCGUCCUUCAUUAAGAACAAGUCCACUAAAGAAGAAGAUUCCACUUACAGGGAAUUCUGGGAUAAAAUUCAAAACAACUUGGAGUGCUGCGGAGUGACCGGGCCUGACAACUACGGCGCCUCGGAGCCGCGCCUCAACCCCUCGUUCAGCUGCUGCCCCCCAGACGACUCCGACCGCGCCGUGGAGAUCAAGCGAUCCGACUGCCUCUCCCUCGAGAAGUACUACAAGGAAGGGUGCGAGGACAAAGUGCUGUCCACGGUCCACAGCGCCGGCAUGACCGUCAUCGUGUGCGGGAUACUGUUCUGUUUCUUGGAGGUGGCCGGCAUAAUUCUAGCGUUAUGGUUGGCCCACGCCAUUAAAUCGGAGGGGAAGAGUCGGGAAACCGCCUAAACAUCCUCCAGGAUAUUAAUUUAUAUGCACUUUAGAAAUUCGUUGUUACUCAUAAAUGUGUAGCGAUACACAAAUUAUUUUAAGUCGAAUGUAUGUAGAGCAUUGUCCAUUAUCAAACGAAUUUCCCCCAAACUUGUUUAGCUUCUCAUAUAUUCUUAUUAAUACGAAAUUUAUGUAUCCUUAUCAAGUUUAAUCAUUACUUGGUAAGGUUUUGUUCGGUCGCAUUUAAUAAAUCAAAUCGAUUAGUAUUAUUUGUGAUUAUUUUAAUUAUUAGAUGUAUUAUACUCAAAAGCAGCAAAAAUUAUGUGAAAUUUUAUUUUAGGCAUGAUGAAUUAUGAAACAUAUAUUUUACAAACACACAUAGUUUUUUUAUUUUUUUUAUUGCUUAGAUGGGUGGACGAGCUCACAGCCCACCUGGUGUUAAGUGGUUACUGGAGCCCAUAGACAUCCACAACGUAAAUGCGCCACCCACCUUGAGAUAUAAGUUCUAAGGUCUCAAGUAUAGUUACAACGGCUACCCCACCCUUCAAACCGAAACGCAUUACUGCUUCACGGCAGAAAUAGGCAGGGUGGUGGUACCCACCCGCACGGACUCACAAGAGGUCCUACCACCAGAUUUAUUUAGUUAAAUGAAAAAACACGUUAUAAAACCGCAAAUAUAUUUCUAAGUUGUGUCGUUGUGUACUGUAGGUGUGUAAUGAAAAUAUUACGUAGAGCCGUAGAGCGUUCGCUUAGUUUUUGUAUUUGUAAUAAUCGAAACUAAAUAUCAUUUUAAAGAAAUGUGUAGGAAUUAAUUAUUAUUAUUAUUAUUAGCAUUUAAUUUAACGUAUUGUAAUUAUUAAAGUAAAACAUUAAGAUUUUUUCACUUAGAUUUUACUCUUCUAACCUACAUACCUAUUGAAACCAUAAAAAUAACAGACGUAAUUAAAUCAUAGAAAUAAAUAGUAAAAGCUUUUAAAAUGACAUACAUAUGUAUGUUACUUUUAUGAUUUCAUCCAAGACUAAUAAAUAAAAGUUAGAAGAAUAGAAUCUGGCUACAGAAAAUACAAUUUGUUAUUGUUUGUUAUUGUUUUAGAAUUAAUAAAUUUACAAUAUAAUGCUUACAUAAUAAUAUAUGUAAUAAUGUUGUUAAAUAUAUCGGAUUUUCGGGUGUCCUUAAUCUUUGACAAUUACAAAAGUUAAUCAUUUACAGUGUUGCGAGGGUAAUUUGUAAAUUACGUUAAUUACGUAAAUAAUUAUUCCAAAAAUGUAAAGCUUAAUAUUAAUUAGUUUAGUUAAUAAUUUAAUUUUAACACUAUUUUUUAAUUCCCAAUCGAAAGAAAAACUUAUCUUACAAAAUAGUAUUUUCUAAUUAAUUCCACUUUUAAUCAAAUAUGUAUAAUAAUGUAUUAUAUAUUUGAUUACGUAUUUGAUUAAAAUUUAUAAUAAUAAUAUGUUUAAUGUGUUUAUUAAUUAAUAUGUUUAAUAAUGUAUUAUAAAUACUAUUUCGUGAUAUAAGUUUUACUUUCGUAAUGCCAAUCCUUAUAGUAUAUAUUCACGAUGCCCAGUAUUCGUAUUCAUAACUAUGACUUUACAGAACUGGCUAGGCUCGAUAGGGUGUGGUGUGAGCACGCAUCGGUGGCUAACACCAUUAUUUCUUCGAUUAAGCAACUCAUUCUCAUUUGCAGAGCACCACAGUCCUAAAUAAAACAGACUGCUCUAAUAUCCAAGAGCAUCGACAUUGGUAUUCUUCAAUUUACGCUAAAUAUACCAAAAAUAAAUAAGAUAUCAUCAGGCGUAAUUAUGCAAUCUUAACCGUUCGCCUUUUCCAAAUCGCCUAUUGUUCUUUGAUUCUUUGGUAAUUAAAAUGUAGUGUUACAUAUUAGGAUGUUAAUUACCGUGUAAGUUUUGUUCAUUACCGUGUAAUUUUUGCGCAUUACCGUGUAAGUUUUGUUCGUUACCUUAGUGCUCAAUGGAGCUCAGCUAGUCAUUAAUUUGUUAGAAUCUAGCAUCGUAUUUAAUGUGUUACGUGAAUUUAGUUCACGAUAGAAUUUCGUGAGGUUUUCGGAAGUUUUAUAAACAUGAUGACAAUUAACUGUAAUACUUCACUGUGGCGGGUAGCCAUCAUACAACGCAAGAUAAUUGACAGAUGCCUGAAUCUCGCUUACGACAUUUUCAAGAUAAAGCGCCUAUAUACAAGUUCCGCACAACAACGUUCGGACCGUCGGUCUACCGAGCAAUAUCGCUCGCUCGGUGGAAGAUCUUCCCUUUGUCGUAUAUCUCCCCAAAUUCACUAUUAAAUUAAGCAUUUUUGUUGGAACACGAAAUGUAACAAGACUCAAGCCAUUAUUGCAUUGUUAGUAAUAAAAGCGUUGUAUUUUCACAAUUUCUCCUUCAUGGAAAGGCUUGAAAUAUGAUUAUUUAUAAAAGAAGAAGAGUCCUAUUAAGCCUAAUAAUCCUAUUAUUCAUCAUGAUUUUAAGACUACACGUAUUUUGUAAUUUAUGUUAAAUUUCGUUUUGAAUCGUUUGCCUCCACAAUACGAAUUGAAUGUUGAGAACUAUCUCAGAUUCAAUUGACCGUAUUUUAUUUAAUACGCGUUUUGUAGAAAAUUACAAAUAAAAAUUAUUCUAAAUGCAAAUUUUUUGCCCCAAAUAUAAUUUCCUCAUGAAAAUAAAAAAGGGAAAUUUGUAUUAGUUUAAUCCGUGAUCGUGAAAAUCGAUAACUGAGCGCCCUUUUAGUAUUAUUCAUUGUAUAAAGAGGGGCAGAGAACUUGUAGUAUUCAAAAGGUAAUUAUAUCGUGAUCAUGCACAAAUAUAUCAAAUAGGGUAUGUUCUAUCGGUUCCCGAUAAUGAAUGGAGCCAGUAGCAUUGGCGGAAAACCAGAAGUUACAAUUCUUAAUAUUCUGCUAACGUUAACGAUUGUACAAGAGUACAUAAACCUACGAGAUUCACAAAAGCAAAGUCAUAAAAUCAAAUUUCCUGAAGCGAUAAUGCUAGCAACGCAAUUUAUAGUAUUGUUCCGUUCUACCAGCUCGUCAGUUUCUUACGCGGAGAAAUUUCUGCUCAUAUAAUUGUGAUGACCACGGGCUACAGUAACUACGAAUAUCAGAUGGGCCGUAAACUGUCCCAUCUGUGCAAUAAUAAAUAAAUUAAAAACCAUAGUAAUGUCCAUUUCUUUUCCUACGCGUAAAAAACUAUUUAUUGUUUAAAAUGGUAAUAAUUACCCACCUAGUUACCUAGUUACAUAAUAUUAUAAAUCGUAAUUAUGUAACCAUUCCUAAAUCGUGUGAUUUUCUUCUUCUUUAAUGUUAAAUAAAUCUUUGAUCAGUGUUGGUGUUUAAUAGAGUUUAAAUAAUAAAAGUUUUACGAAA